UCCUCUGCUCAGUACUUUCCGCUAGCUCACGUUCUGAAGUGUGCAAGAGAAGACGCCUAGGCAAGUGCUUGAUACUUGGUGGUGUCAGUAGUACUGUUACCAGCCGAAAUGGUCGUGUACAGACUCGGUACAGCGUUGUCUCGAUCUUGAUGAUGUCAUAAUCAUAUUUUGCUCCUGCCACCCAGAGGCCCCAUCUGCAUCACGCUAUUACUACUUUCCGAUAGCCACAUUGACCUGUCAAUCUACCUCUACUGGCAUAGUGGCGUCGGAUAAUUUUGCAGAUAUUUUUGCCAUGUCAGACAAAAAUAUCGCACAUACGAUCACGCCGCCGAUGGUGUGGGUCGUAAUGGUUCUGAUAUUUUUAGCAUCUGUCCAACACUCCUCUCCGGUCCCGUUUCCGGUGCGUUCGUGGCCAUCAUACGUGCGAUUUGUUUGGUGUGUAGACUUGAAUUCGGAGAUUUUUUUUUUCUUCGCCGCUUUUCAUAACCAGUUCGGAUCGGUUCGAUCCCGCUGUAGAUCGCACUAACAAACAACAGCUGAUGCCCGCGAAUGAAGGCGAAUCUCACUUGCACCGCUUUUGUCCGGGCGAUCGUGUGCCAGUUUGAGAGAAUUUACUUUGUUUAUUGUGCUAUUUCCUAGGCGUAUGAUGAAACAAGUAUUUUAUCAUACAAUUGUCUAUCUCGCCUUAUAGCCUGGUAUUCUUACUCUGUUUGGCCUAUUCUGGCUAAAAUACAUUUCAGAUACAUUUUGUCACAGAUAUUAAACUCUUUACUUACACCAUAAACUUAUCAUGACUAUGUUGUUCAAAUAAUCUUUGAGUAAAUAUAUUUUCGCGCUAAAUCUUUCGCUUCACGCUUAUACUUUAUUUUGAGAACAGUUAUCUAAAACUGAUGAGAUUCCUCAUACGAAAUGCCAAACCACUAUAAACAACAGUGAAUUCUCCAUAAAGAUAAAAAUGCAAAUACUACCAUGACGGCCGCAUUCUUCAGACAGAACGCUCGCUACUCAGUACGUCGAGUUGUGUGAAUGCGCCAAUCAUUCAAACGCCAUUGCAGUACCGUUGGCUGGAGAAAAUGCGUCAUAGUAGAAGGAAUUACUACGCAGCUAAUCACUGAAUCGAGCGGCUCUAGCGGGAGUAGUUUCGCGCCAUGACACGAUCUAGUGCACCGUACGAUGCUUCCGCCUCGUACCGAAGUCUUCCGAUGGAAGCGACGUAGCCGGUAGGGCAGGGCGUGCGCGCGGUCGCCGCGUACGGCGCCUAAACGAUCACCAGGUCGAGAGUCACGGGUGUGACGCUGUUUGUUUUGGCAAACGCGGUGCUCCGAUGGUAAGAGACUGAACCAAUGGUAGGAGACUAAGGUGAAUUGCCUGAAAAAGCCACCACCACAACGACGCCAUCCACUCCACAAACAAAGAUGUGCACUAGCGGGAGAAGGAAGGGUGGUUACUGUUUCGUUCCGUGCCAAGUGCACCAUGCACUGACCGAGAAGGUAACCAAUACACUUUAAAACAGCUACAACUCGUCGUGCGCGGGGCUGUGCUUGAGUUGUGUUGUGCAUCUGACGGUGGACGGAUGCAGCCACUUUAAAGCACACACCCCCAAAAGGGGGUUAUAGAGAAGGAGAUGGUGUUACUGCGUUCGCUGUUCGAUCCGGGGGGCCUGUCCUCUGCGAUGUUGUGGGCUUGGCUUAACGAUGAGACGAUCGUGAUGGUUUCGACCACUGCGUCCACUGCGUCGUCUCGUCAACAACAUCUCGUGCUCCGCUGCGACUGGAAGUUUAUCAUUGAUGGAUGUGCUGAUCAUGGAAGACAAAAACUGACGUCUCCGAAAUGGAACCCGUUCAAAGGCAUCCGUUUGCGCUGGAAGGAAAAGAUCCGGCUCAACAAUGUUAUCUGGCGCUGCUGGCACAUGCAAUUUAUCAUGAAACGGAAAACUCUAGUCUGUCAGUUUGCAUCCCCUCUAGACGUAGACGUACAUAAUACUCCGCAGGCCAUUCUACUUGAAGGCAAGUACUGGAAGCGGAAGUGUAACGUAAUCAAAGCGGAGUACAAGAAAUGGCGAAGAUUUAACGUUAAUAAAGCAUUAGGCGCAACGAACAUUGUCGAUACGACUAGCGAAUUAGACUUCCUGGAAUGGUCACCAAUCAGCAACGAUCUGUUUAUGAUCACCGAUAAUAUGCCCACGGAUACACUUUUCUCAACGCUAGGCCAGUAUCCUUUUCCCGAUUCCCGAGAGAUAGCAAGGGGUGCCGGACGGGCAGAUUUUAUUCAACCCAGCUUGGGCCCCCUGCAACCAAACCUGGACGAUUUGAUGGAACUGGAUUUGGAUUUUCUUAACUUCCCACGAUUGGCACCCGUACCGGAAGAAGCAACGGACGAUCUGUUGAAAGCGAUUGAUUACAACUAUCCGCUUGGAUCAAAUCUGCUGACUAACACCGGUGCCACUAUACAGGAGGUGACGGAGGAAAAUUCCUCUGCUGUGAACGCACAAACCGUAGGACCACCGAUACCAUUGGGCGCAAGUACUUCUGUCGGUCUCGGUGGCAACCUUAACCAACAGCAUCAGCAACAACCCUCGCAACAACCUGCCGCAAUUCAAUACUCGGCCAAAAUAUUUGCCCAAGCGUUACAUACCUCGAGUAAUACCAAUUCGUCGAGUUCCGCGACCUCCUCAGUGGUAGGGUUUCCAACGGCUCAGCAGAUUAGCAGCGCACUCGAUAGCUACCUCUCGACGCUCGGGUCGUCCUCCUCGGGUGGGCAGCAAACGCUAGCUAACGCGCAGCACAUAACGGCAGGAUCGCUACCGGUGAGUAACUCCAGUGGCGGUGAUCCACGUGACGAGAUAUCACGCGGCGGCAAGUCAAAAUUUUCCCGCGCUUACGCAAAGCACAACUACGACUCCAAGUACCCACCAACUCCUCACCAAACGAUGGCCUACAACAUGGUAUCUCAGCCGAAUCUGGGACAACCAGGGUCAGGUACAAACAGUGGCGUUCAUAAUGCCGCGUAUAACACCGCUGCUGGCUAUCCAUCAUCCGGAGGGUCAAUGUCACAUAUGACUACCGGCGUUAGCACUAGCGUGCAACAACCAUCAGGCAUGCAUCUUCUCUACAACCAUUCCGUGCUGCAGAAUGCAUCACCAGCAAAUCCGGUGAACCUUUCCAGUGGCCCAAGUGGGUCAAGCCCAACCGCCAGCAGUGGUAGCAAUGGAGGAGGUGGCAGCUGCAGUAGCAUCAGCAGUAGCAACAGUAGCACUCAGCAGACAGCACUGUUGCAGGCAAUGAACUCCAAAUUGCUCACGCACAGCCAAUCGCUUCCGGUGCCAGUUAUGGCUCAAACGAAGGGUUCUCUUCCACAACCUCGGUCAACAUCCAUGCCGACGGCACCGAACUACAACCAGAUGCUGGCAUCAUCACAGCACUCGCCACCGGGAAGUCUUCACGCAUCGCAGUCCGGUAGCAGCUACAAGUCGUACCACGGCCAUCAGCCCCAACCGUACAAAAUUCCAUCACAAACGGUCGGUGUUGCCGGUGGAUCAUAUGGAAGCGGUGCAAGGGCAAUGGCACGGCACUCUUCGCCACCCCACGGUACAGUGCUGCAACCGACCAGUGCACUGGGCAGUGGGCUCAGUGGUAGUGGUGCAACCGUUGGCAUCUCACACUCGCUAGAACAAUCACAACAGCAACUGCAAGACUUGCAGUUACAGCAACAGCAGCAGCUACAGCAAACCCAGCACCAACACUCGUUGGUUUCCCCAUCCUCGGCCCCUGGUCAGCAGCAACAGCAACAGCAUAGCAAGCGUCAUCCGCCGCAUCCGACCAAAGAGAUGAUUCGCUCCAACAGCCUCCCGAUCAAUGCUACCUUCCAAUUGCCACCGAAGGAGAUGGAGAACUUUGCAAUGCCCCGGUAUCAGUCCCAAAAACCUAAUAGCUCCAAAAUGCGCUCACGUAGCCAUUCGAUGAUCAUGAAGCAACAGGCAGGUGCGAACGUCACUGGAGGUUUAGGGAUGGGUUCUGCUGGUGGUAACAUUGCUGCAUCUGCGGGUGGAUCGAACUUAUCGCAUCAUGUUGCGCAAACAACGCUUCACACCACUACCAGUGAACCGAUGCUGAACGUUACCAAUAGUGCGCUCCUCGCACAACUUCUAACUACUAACAACGCUAGUACCUUACUGAGUAAACAGUCUCACAGUACAUCAUCAAGUGCCAUAAGUACAUUAAUACAAUCCCAGCACCAACAGCAGCACCAAUCGAACCACUUCCAGGCAGCGCCAAUUGGAGGAAGUAGCCUAUCGCCCUCGUCCUCGCACCAUCAAUUACAACAACUGCACCAACAGCUACAACCGACUCAAAACCCACAGCUUUCUCACCAUGAGCAGCAGCAGCACCACCACCAACACCAACACUCUCAGUUAUCCAGCAAUUCUGGUCCAGGAACAUCCGUAGGAGCAAUGCGUCCCCAAAAUCCGAACAUUUCAUCGGUACUGAGCUUUGCCUCUUCGGCCGGUAUGUCGCUCUCGCAGCAGAGUCUUUCCCCGGAGUCAGCACACGAUACGGACGGACCACUUUCUCCAACUGGUGUUGGUUGUAGUAAUAGCGCUGCAGGCGGCCCUAGCACCUCCAGUUCCGGUGGAGUCGCCAGCAAAUUCGCCCGGAACGAUAACCAACGGCGCACGGGGCACAUUCAUGCGGAACAGAAACGACGCUACAAUAUUAAGAACGGGUUCGACACGUUACACUCGCUGAUACCACAGCUGCAACAGAACCCGAACGCUAAGCUAAGCAAAGCGGCCAUGUUACAGAAGGGGGCGGACUACAUCAAGCAGCUCCGAACGGAACGAACUUCCGCGAAUGAUCAGAUGGACGCACUACGCAAAGAGAUCGAGCAGCUGAACAAUUCGUUAAGUAAUCUACAGACUGCACUGCCUGCUAGUGGGGCCCCGGUUUCACGGCAGCGCACUGGCCGCGUGAAGGAGCUUUAUCAACAGUACGUUCGCCAGCGGACACUGGAAAACUGGAAGUUUUGGAUUUUUGGUCUCAUUUUUGAGCCCCUGAUGAAUUCUUAUAACCAGACGGUGUCAGUUGCCAGCAUGGAUGAGAUGUGUCGGACUAGCCAGCUGUGGGUUGAUCAGCACUGUUCACUGGUCGAACUGAGGCCCGCCGUUUCCAAUAAACUGCGUCAACUUUCCACCACAACCGAUGUCCUAUCGGAUCCUCCCAGUUCACUACAAGAAGAGGUAAUUAAGGCGAUCUCGACGAACAGUCUUGUGCCAGGCAGCAGUAGCUCCGCCAGUGGCCAUUGCAGCCGCGGUAGUAGUACAGACACCAGUCCGCAUCGUUCUUAGAAUGUCACGAAAAAGGCAUUUUCAAUUUGAACCAUCAUUCGUUAAACGUUAGCUGGUCUGGAGGAGGAGCAGGAAACAUGGUUUCUUGUUUGCGUAGUGCGUAGUGUAUUGUUGCACACUCAUCGCACGAGAUUGUUGUUACAUCAUUAAAUCUAUGUUAAAUGUUUAAUGCUAUAAGGAGAAAGAAGUGGAUACAUUUCGAAGGAACCCGAACAAAAAGUGCCUUCAUGAUGCAGUGGCGUGGUUACGCACAAAGUAAAGCAAAAAUUCAGGAAUUACCAUACUAUAAUCUCAUGAGCACAGAACAAGAUGCUUUAAUCAUCCACACACUGCAGCGCACUAAACCUGCGAUCCUCCCGCUCGACAUGCCCCGAUGCUCACGUGAGAUCAUGUACAUUAAGCCGAAUAAUCGGACUAUUCGUUCCAACGGGCCAUUACGAUAUCCUCGUAGUUCGUUUGUUUUGUUUUGCUGAACAUCGCGUUAAUUUUUAUCAUCUUGGUUUUCAUUACCUAUUGUUUGUUUUUGCUUCUUGUACGUUAUUUACGUUAAGCUAUUUCUAGGUCCACCGAUUCCUAGAGUAUCGUUAUUUUGUUCCUAGGACUCCGUUUAAUUCUCCGUUGAUUUACGCGUCUUACGUUUAGAGGGGAGGAUAGAGAGGAGGUUUUUCUUAAGGUGCAGACGAAAAGUAGUUUGACUGUAGAUAGUGUAAGCGUUAUGAAUAGCGAAUUGUUAAUUAAGAAAUUAUGUUAGACACUAACUCGCGGUUAAGCAUAGUGGAGUUAUGUGCAUAACUGUUAGUAUAUUUUAUCGUGUGGGUUUUAGAGAAUGAAGGUUUGACCACCGGUGUUUGUGUGUUACAGUAAUGUUAGGACGAAUCUAUAUUGGGGAUGAAUGAAGAAGGGCAAAGCACCAGAGCAGUUAGUAAACAGUACAACUACAAGAAAAUACGAAGUGAAUUAAGAAACCAACUGAGGGAGGGGAAAGUGGAUUGAAGAACGUUCAGAAACAUAGAACCACUUCCCGAAAAGCACAUUGUUUUUGGUUUCCCCCUUCAGAUGUCCUAUCCGAAACUAUCCUGCUCGAUUUCCAGCUGACGGAAUUGAAGCAGAAUUACCAAGUAUGUUACAAUCGUACAGCCUACCUGCAUAAAACGGGAAAGAAUUCGUUUCAUUACUAUAUAUGUUUGAUCACUCAUCUGUCUUCAUGCCCUACC